UGAUUCUUAGAACCUUCGUUACUUUGAGAUAAGCAAUCGGGUGUUCAGGGUUGUAAAUUACCAUUAUCAUAAUCCUAAACGAUUAAGGGUUUCCAAUAAGCACUCUUGCAUACAUUCUACACCUGUACAACCCCUCCUCUUUUCCUAUCACUCCUACUUUACCUGUACAACCCCUACUCUCCUUCUACAACCCCUAUAAAAACGGAAAAAUUUGCACGUAAAAUUCAUAGUUCCAUUAGUCGUCGAGAGCACAGCUUCUUCACACAGUUCAGCAUGGAAAAUUCUCCGCAGUUAUACACUCCGACAAGUCACUGCCACGACUGUUGCAAAAAAAUACAUCUUCAAGCAGCAGCCACUGAUGCACACAACACACAACCAUAUCAUCGUUCUAGAAUGGAAAAUUUCCUGGAGUUACCCACUCCUAGGAAACUCACCGACGACAAAAGGUGGUGCUCACUGUGCUGCGACGCCGAGGUUCCUCAACGAGCAACCCUGGAGUGUCCAAGAUAUGGGCCCCUUUGCCACCGGUGCUACAAAAAUAUCUGGGAGUUGUGGGAAGAGUGCAAGUGGAUCGGACGUCGAUAACUGUUGCCGAUUAUUAUUAUUGGAAAUGUCCCAUGUCUAUUGUGUUUUUUUU